UGUGCCUAGGAUGAAAUUGCUUUGAUUUGUUCCCUGGCUCAGGUUUCUAGUGGGGGUUGGGUAAAGAAUACAAUCCUUCCAUGAUGUGGAAAUAUGUACUCAUAUAGCAACUUGAUUUGAAGUUUGUUUGGGUUGUUGGGGUGACAUGUAUUAGGAAAGACGAUAAAGAAUGGUCUCCUGUUGCUCCAUCACAAUUACUGAACUGAAAAUGUGUCUCUGCUCACAGACUGCUGCUUGCCUUUGACUCCUCAGGGGGUGGAGCAAACAAUUUCCUUCCUGGAUGGGGCUGUCUAUGGUCAGUGUACAAGAGUUGCUGUAGCAACCCCGCAGCUGUGCUCUGCCUAGCAGAAACUCGGUAGGAUAUCACAGAGUUUGUUCACUUAAGUGAAAAACAGGGAUCGGAAAAUUAGUAAUUGCAAACCAUGGAUGAAAUUUAUAAGACUGCUUCCACAGAAAGGAUCCAGGUGUUGGAAAAAGAACUGGCUAUGCAAUUGACUGAACUGAAGUCUGAGAUAGAAGAACAAUGGACUCUCCAGGGGUCAGCUCAUCAAACUUACAGCUCUGUUCGAAUGCCAAAGGACAUUUCUUACUUUAGAAGAGAAAGGGAACUGGCCCUAAAGAAAACUUUACAGGUGGCCGAGUCAAAGUCCCUUGUUAUUCAACCAGAUGUCAUGCAGAGGGAGCUAGAGAGCUGCCUAAAGAGAGAGUACACUCCUGAAAAUUUACCUUUGCUUCUGUUGCAGCAUUAUACAGAGAGAAUUACCCAGCUGGCCCAGAGUAAAUAUUUACAUAUGCUUAGAUGGAAGAGAUUUUGCCAUCACAGUAAGAUCAUGGAGCAACUUUAUCCUUUUUACAAGAAACAAGUUGUCUACAUUAUGCAGGAAUACAAUGAUGCUCUUCAGAGAGCUGAUCGAUUGUCUGUUGCCCGAGAAAACUUCCUUAUGGGAAAAAAGAAUCCUCCUAACUUAGUGACACAGGAAGACCUGACUAUUUACACAAAUUGGUUAGUGUGUCACCUACACUCGCUCAAGAUUAUUCACCACUAUGUGCAGGCCCUCCAAUAUUUACCCAUCUCCAAAGCUCUGAGUGUAGCUGUUGAUGAAGUCCCUGAGGUUGUUCAGGAAAAUGAAAAGGUUCCUGUUGAUGACACUGACCCUGACAUCCAGGGUUAUGCAUCUCCAGACUCUAUGAAUACCAGUGUUUCAGGGCCAAUGAGAACAGAAACUGCUUUCGUUCUGCCCCAACACACAACAGAAACAGAAGAACUGAAACCUCAGCUGAGGCUGCUGCUCUCCCAUUUCAAUAUCUCAUAUGACGUGGAAGAGCUGAGGGAUGCUUCUAAGGAGACAGAACUUUUUGCCUUGGUUUCCCAAAAAUUUCAAAGCAUCUUCAUGGAGCAACAGAGAAUGCAAACGUUUCCAGACUAUAAUGUUGGGAUAGCUAAAUUGGAAAAUUUGGAUUUGACAGGACCUGGUAGGGCCUUGAAAAAGAGAGCCAACUGGACUUCCUUUAUAAAGAUUAAGCCAAAAUGUGAUCCUUGGCAAAAGAAGCUUUUGACCAAGCUAAAAGAACGGAGAAGAAUAGAUGUAUUAAUGCAACUCCAAGCAAAGUUUCUGAAGAUUUCCAACCCUCAGCGAGUGAUGCAAGUGCUCCAGGAUCAUGCUACGAAGAUGGCCUUGCUGGCUUCGUCUCAUGCAACAUGUGUGACUUCCCAGGGCAACUAUGACCAAAUCUGGGAGACUAUUUAUAGCAACAUCAACCUCUACCAGACUGAAAACACUAAGGAAGAUGACCUUUCGGUGCAACGAGAUGAAAAUGACCCAGCACCAAUAAAUCUUAGCCAGUGUGCUAAUAAGCCUGUGGAGCAGAAGAAAGAGACAAGGUACAGUUAUGCUGUGGCCCUACAGCUGUUGGGCUUGGAUGAGAGGACUGGGCCCAGUGACAGGGAUCCUGUCCUGUUGAGGGGGACCUACUUGUCCUUUCUGUAUCUGCGUCACCUGAGGAUCCGGGAGCUGCAGCGCAUCUGCUUAGGAAUUCUGAACUAUUUUAGAUCCGUUGAGCGAACGUUGACGAUCAACACUUCAGGCCUUACCUUGGUUUCAGGGAGCCUGGUGCCUACCUCAGAAGACAGUUCCUGGGUAAAUAAAGCAAAAGGAGGCAUGGGCACCUCGCAAGGCCUAGGCACUCACCAGUAUGCUCAUGGGACACCUGCCGAGCACAGGGUCCAGAGCAUCCAAUUCAUGGAGUUCUCAGAAGUGGAGAACCAGGAUGAUUACUACAGCAUGGAUGCUGGUUACAUCCACACCCAGGACCAGCAAGGAGUGUAUGUCAUGUAUGAUGAAGCCUUGAGUGAUCUGAAGGACCUAGAGACAGAACUGCUGCUUGUGGCCAGCCAUUACAUUGAGAGAGAAAAAGGUCACAAAGAGGGCAGCAAGUCACAUAUUGACCAGGACUGGGGAUGGACCCAUGCAGGUGUGGACAGAUUUGCUGUGCUGUAUGACAUGUGGACUUGGGAAGCAGCUCUUCUAGAAAGCAAGCGUCAGCUUCUUGACAGUUACUUUGAAGCCUACCAGCAUGCAUUGGACCCAGAGGAGAGGUUUGCCUUAGCACAAGUGAUCACAGACAUCAUGCACAGGUGCCCAAGGUUUGACUUCAGUCAUCCUUACUUCAUUAAGGCCUACCGAGAGGAAUGCACCUGCCUGAGGCUUCACCUGCAGCUGGUGAGGGGCAUCCUCAACCAGCACAUAGAGUGUCAGCGUGAGUAUGUCCAGAGGCUUUGGCAAAAAGGCCAUCCAGAUGCUAGCAAUACAUUUGGACUUCCCCUUAACAUCAUUUGCAAACAACUCAUUUCCAUCAACAAUAGCUGCUCAGCUUUGAAAAACAUUUAUCUGCUGGAGUUCCACCCUUCCUUGGGCCUGGCUUCCUGUAUCCCCAGGGCCCUCGAGCACCUCCUCAGGGAGGCCCGCCACACUUGCAGGCCCACAUCAGCCAUUGCCUUCACCUUGCUGGAGAGACGUGUGCUGCAGCUGGCCCUGGAUGCGUGGCUCACCCCAGCCAAGCCCGAGUCCUGGUACAGUGCACAGCUCCAGAAAGAUCUAUUUUCAGCUAAAGUGAUGGGUGAUCCCUUUCUUGUGGGGGAGACAGGCGUGCUUGCACUCAAAUCUGCAGCAGACCAAGGACAGAACCAAGGCCAAGAUUCCCAAAUGCUGCUCCUGGAGAUGUUUUCCAAACUUUUGGAACUCUUGACCCUCCGGCAUAGGCUGAUAGAGAUGAGUCUGGAGAGUGUACACUUGGCACGUCUCUAUAAGGAUUUGGCGUGCGAGAUGGGUUUUGAAGAGUUCCAUUUGUAUCUGAGGCCUGUUCACUUUGAAUCUGCAUCACACAAGGACAAGGUGGUCCAUCCACCUCCUGUCUUCAUAACCUCUCUGCUGGGGGGCAGUGACUGUGUAGACAGAUAUUCUCCUGCUACUCUUGUCUUAGCUAUCUCUGAAGUGGAUGAUAACCAAAUUGGCAAAUUCAGUUUUUAUACAAAGGAAGCCAUUCUUAAGCUCUUGUGCCAUUCAGGAGUGGAAAACAUGCAAGUGACCCUGGCAUGCCAGGCUACUCAGAAGAAUGCUUUAAUGGUGGCUGUUCAGCAGGCAUCCUGCUAUCACACUCCCUGUGGGAGCUGUCCUGCUGAUGUCAAGGAAAUAAGUUCUGAUCUGAGAAACCAUAAUGGAGUGGGUCCAACCAGAAGAAGAAAUUCCAGAAUUGUGAAUGGCAUAGAAGGCAUGCUGUUGGCCCCAAUUCCAAAAGUCCCAGAUGCCCUUACUCAUCCUUCAAAAAGAUUCCAGGCUACCAAAAGGGCUCCGGAAGCUUUCGUGUCUAUUCAACUAGAAAAGGUGGGGCUGCGGGACAUGAUGCUGAAUGCCUUCCUCCUCAGGAAACAAGCCAUGGCUGACAGAAUGAAAAACCUUGAUGAAAUUGGGAAAGUCAAGAGAGAUGUUAUAGUUGAAUAUUGCCAGAAGUUCAACCAACAUAUGUCUCACUAUGCUCUUCGGGGGCAGAUCAUAGCAUACUGCAACAGCCUGAGAGCCCUACUGGACGAUUUCCCUACCAUCAGAGAUACUUUUUUCAUGGUGGGACAACGACAAGAAAAGAAGGGGUUGAGGGACUCCGAUGAUGGCCUCAAGAAUGACCCUAGGAGUUUUCAGCCCCGGCCACGGCGUUUGCUGUCUGCUGAUGGGAAAGUCUUCCUCAACUUAUGGUUCAUACCCCAUCCUUCUGAAGUGCUGGUUAUGUUCAAAACUCUGCCAGAAAAGGCAGCUUUUAGAGCCUUAAAGCUAACUCUGCAGCUGAUAGCCCCUCUUCAUGACAUUGUGGCCUACCUUUUCAGUUUUGCUAAACUUGGAAAUUGUCCAGCAUGUUUUGAAUUUCCUCUGAGUCCUAACCCUCUGAGAGGUGACUGGGGAGGAACUGAGGGCAUUGGAUCUGAACUUCAAGAGCUGCAGAAAAUGAUUGACAGCCUCCAGAGCCCCCAAGACCCCACUCUGGUAUCUCAGGUCCUUCUGCUCCAAAGGGAGGUUAUGCUUCUUCAGUUUGACGCUGCAGUGAGGUACCUCAUCCGACGAAGGUUUUUGGCAGCUGGAAAUGCUUCUGCCUACCAGUCUGUCACAGACGGCAUGUACCAUGGGUUGCCACCACUGAGCAACUCUCCAAUGAAGAGCAUUUUUGCUUCGCAGCUCAGCCUACCACAACCACUGGAUCCACAGAGCCUCCAGGUAUGUUGA